GUCACCAAGCCGAGUGUGUCAAGUCUACGCGAAUUCAUCGAUAGAAUUAAUGCUAAUCUGCGCGCCAUGCAAUCGCUGGCGACCACCAUUCAAAUUGCUGAUGGAAUAAUUCUUCACCUAGUAACGUCUAAGCUAGGCGAAAAUACGCGAAGCAAAUGGGAAGAAGAAGUGGCUGCUAAAUUUGAUCGAAAGUCAGUACCCACCUUGCAGCUUCCAACAUGGAACGAUUUGGCAGAUUUUCUCGAACGCCGAUGCCAAACGUUCAAUAUCAUUGAAUCCAAUCAAUCAAGCUCAAAUCGGUCCGCCAGUCACCAAAAUCCUACAUCGAAACCAUAUUCAUCGAAACAGCUCUCUUUCACCACCACAACUGCGUCGUCGAAAUGCCCACAUUGUGAAACAAGGCCAUAUCAUAACGCAUUCAAUUGUGCCAAGUUCAUGAAAAUGGAUCCUCUUGAGCGGUACAAUUUGAUUAAACGGUUAAAAUUAUGUCUCAAUUGCUUUGGUUUCAACCACUCGUCGAAUCAAUGCCCAUCACUUCGUCGGUGCCAGCACUGUCGUGCGAGCCACCACACUUUGCUGCAUCGCACAUAUGGUAGCAAGGCAGACGACAACAACAAAAGGGAAGAUGGGAAUGCUGAGAAAUCAACAACGCUACAGGCUGGUAUCGUUACAGGUGAAGUCAUUCUCGCUACAGCUCUAGUUCGUUUAUGUAACACUGCGGGAAGCUCUCUCAUGGCACGUGUGUUGUUGGACUCAGGUUCUCAGCUCCAUUUUGUCACCGAAAGAAUUGCACAGCAUCUUCGGUUACCGCGCAAAAAGCGCAGCAUAGAGGUAACGGGCAUUGGAUCUACAACAACGAAAACGCAGCAAGUAUGCUGUGUUGUACUAAAAUCGCGCCAUACAGCAUUUUCGUCGACUUUGGAAGCGGUUAUCAUACCAACAAUAACUUCGUGUCAACCCAGCAAUCGUGUCAGCAUUGAGAAAUGGAAUUUUCCUAACAACAUAAAGUUGGCAGAUGAACAGUUCUACGAGCCAGCAACGAUCGAUUGUCUUAUUGGAGCAGCGUUGUUUUAUGAUUUGCUUCUCGUCGGUCAAAUCAAGCUGCGCAACAAUUCGCCGGUUCUGCAGAAAACUAAACUCGGUUGGAUAGUUUCUGGCAUCGCUAACUCAUCUGCACCAAUAGCUUCAUCACCAAAAACCUCAUCGUUGAAUAAAUCAUCGGCCUAUAUGGCAUUUCUCACCAUGUCCGAAGAACCAGUUCUCGAUCAGCUGUUGCAAACCUUUUGGGCAUUGGAAGAACACCACACCAAUUCAUCAACGUCAGUUUCGGCAAGCAUGUGA